UAAGUGCACAUUUUAUACUGGAAUUACAGCGGGUGGCACGCGAUGUACAUGUACUGAACAUGACGGAGGACAAAACCAAUGCGUGUACCCACACGCUCCAUUUAAAAAUCCUCUACUUUGGAUUGAUACUGUUAACCGCUUUCUCAGUAACCUGUUUUGCGGUCACCUACGUCUUUAUGACGCAGCUGAGAACCGAGUUGGGCCAGAAAUGCUCGUGUCCAGACGGUGAGACGCUAUUUAACAUCACUGUACAACCCAAGAAGGGCUCCAAGAGUCACUCAGCACGGGGCCCUGGGCAUCGCGAGCGGGGUGGAGCCACGGUGGUGGACCACCAACGUCAUCGUCAUCAUCACAACAAAAGCCAAGUACGGGCCGAGUUGGAGCUGACGGCACCUGUCGAACCAGAGACAGGUGACCAACGGGGGCAGAACAGGGUGCGAAGAUUCACCCUGCAGAACGAGGGUUCCAGCACUGUCUUGGUCACGUCCAUUGAGGCCUGCGCGAGACUACCUAUUACUAUUUCGAUGGAUUCAAUAAAAGCCUUUUGUGACGAUACAAUAAGCAAGUGUCCACCAGGACCCCAGGGUCCAGCAGGCAAACCAGGCAGCCCUGGACCAAAAGGCUCACCGGGUAAACAGGGUGAAGAGGGACCAAUAGGUGAACCGGGAAGACGUGGAGAGGACGGAAGGGUUGGACAACAAGGACAAAAGGGUGAUCAUGGUGACAUUGGAGCUAAAGGUGAAACUGGUGAAACAGGAUUUCCUGGACUACCAGGUCAAAUAGGUGUAGUAGGACCACGGGGGCCCCCAGGGGCUAAAGGUGAUGAAGGGGAAACUGGACAAAUGGGUCCGCCCAGUGAACCUGGAGAAAAGGGUGAGGCAGGGCCCCCAGGGGCUAAAGGUUGCACUGGGGAAAGAGGAUUGGUGGGUCCCCCAGGUGUUGAAGGCCCGAGGGGUGAAGUGGGAGGAGUUGGACGUCCAGGGUCCAAGGGUGAUCCAGGGCCAUCUGGAGGUGAAAUAGGUGGUGUUGGACCCCAGGGUGAUCAGGGGCCACCUGGAGUAACAGGAUUACCUGGAGCGAAAGGUCAGCGUGGUGAACUGGGGCAGAGGGGUGAAGUGGGAGGUGUUGGACCUCAAGGAACAAGGGGUAAUCCAGGGCCAUCUGGAGUUACAGGACUGCCUGGAGCUAAGGGUCAACAUGGUGAGGCAGGGCAAAAGGGUGAAGUUGGAGAUGUUGGACCCCAAGGGCCCAGAGGAAAUAUGGGUCCAAAAGGACAGCAUGGCCUGAACGGCAUAGUAGGUGAAAAAGGUGACAAGGGUACUUUGGGCAAUCAAGGACUGCGAGGGCCCAGGGGUCUAAGAGGUUAUACUGGACCAGAGGGUGCUAGAGGUGAAAAGGGGGGAAGAGGACAAAAGGGACUGAAAGGUCUGGAUGGCUCUGUCGGACAAAAAGGUGAGAUGGGUGACCCAGGAGAAGAGGGUGAUCCUGGACCCAUUGGACCACCUGGAGUGAAGGGAGAGAUGGGAUAUAUAAGUUUGCCUGCAACAUGGGAACCUAGAACUCUCGAAAGGAUCAGAGGCCCUCCUGGGCCGAAGGGUUCACCAGGCCCUGAAGGUCCCAGGGGCAGACAAGGACUGCAGGGCUUAAAUGGGGCCAGAGGUGAUUCAGGAGAGCCUGGGACUAUUGGCCCACCAGGCCCUAUUGGCCCUCCUGGUACGAAAGGCACCCCGGGUAUCAAGGGCCUGCAGGGCUCCUCUGGGAACCCAGGUGAGCCAGGGGAGAAAGGACACCUUGGCCCUAUGGGACCCCCGGGGGCCACUGGACACCCUGGACUACGUGGUCAAUCUGGCAUAAAUGGGCUACCAGGUGAGGAUGGGGCAAAAGGGGAUAAGGGUGACAGAGGGUCAGAUGGGUUACUGGGUCCUUCAGGGGCACCAGGUUUACCCGGAACCAACGGAGCCCAAGGACCUCCAGGACAAAAAGGAGCAACAGGAAACCAAGGAAACAAGGGGCAGCCAGGACCAAUGGGUAACCAAGGUGAAGUUGGAGCCAAAGGUGAAACUGGUGAUACUGGAUCCCCUGGCGAUCGAGGGCCAUCUGGUCAGCGUGGUGAAGCAGGAGAAAAAGGUGAAGUGGGGAGGCCAGGGCCCACAGGUCUCAAAGGAUCAGCUGGCCUGUCUGGGUCUGCGGGGCCUCAGGGUCCUUCGGGACCCCCAGGACUCAAGGGUGAUCCCGGUGGAAUUGGACCUCGAGGAGAGCCAGGCCGACUUGGGAAGCAAGGACAUAAGGGAGAUAAGGGUUGCCUGGGCCCAGAAGGACCAUCCGGCCCACAAGGACCACCAGGCCUGAAUGGAAUGGCAGGGCUGAAAGGUCAAAAAGGCGACUUGGGAGAAAGAGGCCUGCAGGGCCCUCGAGGUUCAAAAGGCAUUAUGGGGACCAGAGGUAGCAAGGGUGAUCCGGGCCAAGAGGGAAUCAUGGGGCCUGGAGGAACUCCUGGACGAAAAGGUGAGAAGGGUGAUCCGGGAGAAGAAGGCGAUACUGGACCCAUUGGACCGCCUGGAGCGAGGGGAGAGAUGGGAGAUGCAUGCAAUGUCAAUGCGAUCCUGGAUGAUCUAAGGGAGUUGGACAACGAAACUCUGAAGCUGAUCAUGGGUCCCAAGGGCAAACCAGGGACAAGAGGCCCUAAAGGGGCUAAAGGAGACAUUGGAGAGCCCGGGGAUGUGGGCCUUCCAGGCCCCAUGGGCACCCCAGGUAUCAAGGGCCUUCCUGGGGAGAAGGAAGCCCUGAGUUCCAAGGGACCCCCUGAGCCUACUGGGCCCCCUGGACUGUGGGGUCAACCUGGCAUUGAUGGGCUACCAGACAAGGACGAAGCGAAGGGGGACAAAGGUGACAGAGGGUCAGAUGGAUUACCGGGUCCCACAGGGGCACCUGGGUUACAUAGAAUCAAUGAAACGCAUGGAUCUCCAGGAAAAAGAGGGAACAGAGGAGUCCAAGUUCUUCAGAUGACUACAGAUGGUCCCACUUCCUCUCUGAAGCCCGAGAUGUCGCCAUCACUUGAUAUAGACAGCACUCCCAACCCAGCUCCUCACGCGAUUAUAGGUGACCCUACUCUCACUACAAAGCCUACAUCAUUACCUGACUUAGAGACCACUCCAAACCGAGCUCUUCGGGUCAUUAAAUAUAGUCACACUUCCACCAUGGGGCCAAAGACAUCACUGCCGCUUGACAUCGAGGGUACUACGAACUCAGCUCUUUGGAAUAGCACAGACAGUUCUACACCCACUGCAAGUUCUAAGUUAUCAUCAACACCUGCCACAACAGAGAGUACUCCAAACUCAGAGUGUGUUCUGGAAAAGAUCAGUGCGCCCAAGGACCACAAGUAUGGUAGUACCUACUGGGGUUCUUGGAUGCAGGACACUGCCCCAGAUCCGCCCCAACCAGACAAGAUAUGGAUCACCAAGCAUUUGCAUGGAGUUGCUAUUUACGAAUACCAAAAUAUGGAAGCUCUAAAGUGGGGCACGUACACCCGGAAACACACCCUCUCAUAUACCUGGGCUGGCACAGGCCACGUGGUCUACAACAAUUCCUUAUACUUCCACAAUGGCCUCUCGGCUGAGAUUUUGCGGUACGACCUGAGCUCAGAGACUAUCAUAUCCAGGGGAAGCAUUCCGUUUGCCCAGUACCGAAGACUGAAUGAGCAUGGGUACCUAUACAACUCCAACUACACCUACUUUGACCUUGCUGUUGACGACAACGGACUGUGGGUAAUUUACAAGACCACAGAGCUCAACCAGAACCUUGUGGUGUCCAGACUAGAUCCAGAGGACCUCUCCAUCAAGACGACAAUUGUGUCCAAUCACCCCCCGCGCUGGGCAGGCGAAGCCUUCAUCAUCUGCGGCCGGCUGUAUACAACCAAGAGUUCUGAGCAAUUCAACUCUACUGUGGACUUUGGAGUGAACCUAUUCACAGGAGAGGAACUGGCUGACGUGGAUAUUCCCUAUCGGAUCGGCCACUUAAAAAUGACCAUGAUGUCCUACAACCCAAGAAAUCAACUGAUAUAUGGCUGGGACAAAGGGUACAUGGUGACGUAUAAUGUCACCUUGACUAAACCCUGAUCAAAAAUUUGUGCAAGUGGAAAGCUAUUUGUAUGACCAUUUCACGAAACAGUUAUCUAAAUGUGGAUGGGUUGAAGUUAUCCUCUGGAAAAAGAUUAAAAGUUAAAACAUACAAAGGUAUAUAUUAUAAUUGCAUAUUUCCACAAUACGGCUGUUUCACAAUAGUGCGCCACCAAGAGUUUGCAACGCGUUGGCCAAUCACAAUGCACGG